AUGCAGUCCCUUCUUCCCCCAUUGCUCCGACUGUUCCUUGCCGUAGAGUCCUUUGGAUGGACCAUUCGCCUUGUUCACCCUCAAACUCCUCUUCACCACCUUCUUCGGCAGACACUAAAUGCCUCUUACACCAUGCUGCUCUACAGCUUGGUCGCGUUUGACUUGUUCUACCUCUUUGUCAACUUGGUUCUAUCCCCACUACUGGACCGUUUUGCCGACGAGCCGUCCGAGGCAAGAGGCACUGGAGCAAAGGAGGGCGAUGGGCGAAUCAGAGUGCAUGCAUGGCAACUCCUUGCCGUGUUUGGAGGCCUUCCCGCUCUUGUCGCGUUGACUCUACGCGAGAGGUCAUCGGAAAUCAUAGAGGGAACGUAUCAAGUCCUCCAACGCGUCGUCUUCCGGACCGCGAUUGUUUUCAGCGCAUUCAUCAUAGCCUCCUUCUUCAUCAUACUGCCCCUCUUCAUCGUCUGGCUCGUUGUCAAGCGGCUCACCGUCGAUAAACACAAACAAACCUGGUCCGACUGGACCGACACAAUCGUUUUCACGUCCACCAACAUCUUUCUCCUUCUCCUCUCCGUCCAAUGGAUUUAUUCAGACGGGCAGCAGUCAAAGGUUCCGCCGUUUGCCUCUGUCUUCGUAAUGGCAUACAAGUGGCUAGGCUUGGCCGCGUAUGGAGGCGCAAUCUUCUGGUUGUUCUGUGACCGAGCUGCGACAAUUCUCCUGCGGAAAGGACUUGCUCUUGUCCUUCUUCCGAAAACCUCGACGUCACAGUCGACCGACAAAUCCAUUCCCAAAAGCUCCUCGCACCAAUGGACACGAUUCGUACUCUUUCCGGCAGUAUGUGUCGUCAAUGGUUGUGUCCAUUUUGCACCGACUCUGCAGAAUGGUAUUGCAGAAGCCGUUUUCGCUCUCCUGGGCAUCACUUUUAUCGCCUUCUACAUCCUCAUGCUCGACCUGUCCAUUUAUCAACUCCGAUUCCAGGCGUCGCGUUUCCCGCGCCUGCAGUAUUCUCCAUGGGAGCUAAUGGGGAUCGCACUCGCUGAAUUCUCUCUCCGAGACGUGCAGGGAAACACGGUCUGGGAGAAGAAAGGGCUUGACUACUGCCCUCAACUUGCGCUGCAUUUCGAGGGGGAUGAAGCAGCGUCCAGGUUGGGACAGAUUUUCGGGGCGGGGGAUUGGAAGCUCGUUGUCAGGUUCUCGUUCCAUCGCCGCACAAGGAAAAGAGCAUGA